AUGAACAACCUUUGGCAGCAGGCAUUUGUAGCGCUCGGUCCCGAACACAAAGAACGCCUCAAGUCUUUCACCAAAGACAGCAGUUUGGUGGCGACCAGUCCCGAAAAACUCAUCGACAUCGUCAACACGAAGAAGGAAGAUUGCGAGAAGAAGCAGUGGGUGCUAUUCACCAAUAAAAAGGGCGAAAACGUCCUGCUCAGAGACGUUCUGGUGAAAGUUUGCGACUGGGCUGUCAGAUUCCAAAAGAUUGGCGAUGCUGCAGUGGAAUACGUACCACAUGCUGCGAUUCCUUGGGCAAUUAUAAAAGCGCUCACUCAGAUGACUAUCAACGAUUGCCAAACAUUCGGAAAGCUGUUUGAGGCCGUUGAGAAGAUAUCCAGCAUUAUCGCUCUUUAUACAGAACUUGAGACACGAAUGCUCAUCCGCGUUUCAGCUCUCAGUGCGCAGCUCGCCUCGUCUCUGGUGAAGCUUUACACGGCAGUCUUGCAAUUCCUUGCGAGAACGCAUAGCUAUUAUGCACAAAAGACCGCAAAAAGGAUACUGAAGAGUGUAGUCCUGACUGCAAAGGACGUUGUGGAGGAGCCAAUGCUGCAGAUUGGAAGCCUUGAAGAUGAAGUCUAUAAGAGGGCCACUAUGGUCUCCCAGGAGUGCGGCAAUUCGAUGGUGGCUAAACUGCUCAAUAUCAUGAAAGAGAACAUCAUGAGCUCAAAGGCCUCAACGGCGGAACGACGAGCGCGGCUUUCAGCACAGAUCAACCCGAUCUAUACUCAGGACACGUUGGAAGCGGCCUUGGGUUACCAUCAUUCCGGAACCUGCAACUGGGCUCUUGAAUUAGAUGUCUUUGGACAGUGGAAAGCAGACGGUGCGACAUUACCAAAGCUCUUAUGGAUACACGGCCCCGCAGGCUUCGGGAAGACCAUCAUGUCGGCUUGGAUCAUUCAACACCUUAAAGCCACAUGUCACAACCAAGUGUCGUACUUCUUCUGCGUCGCUGACAGCGAGCGUACUCGUGAUCCGUAUGCUGUUCUUCGAUCUUGGCUUUCACAAGUUCUCGACAAUGACGCGACCCUCGAUGUUGUGGAGGAAGCCUUCAACGGGAGAAAGGGGGAUGGACCCCUCACGCGUUCCGAGCUGUGGGAGCUGUUUGCUGUGGUGGGCCAGAGUUGCCCAGGAUGCUUUUUUAUCCUGGACGGAUUUGACGAAUGCAGCAACAUUUCACCAGCUGCAGGGUAUCACAAAGACGAUUCUCGCAACAUCUUUCUGCGCGAUCUCAUACGUCACCUACCUGCAGCGCAAGCUCGAGUAUUGGUGGUAAGUCGAGACGUCGCAGACAUCCGCGAAUACCUGGGCGAGGAUAGUAUGCACGACGCUGGGUUCAGCAGGCUGGAGUACCAAAUCACGUCGAAAGACACAGCUUCCGAUGUGCGAUCCUUUUCUGAUUGCGUGAUCGAUCGGAAACUUUCCCGAAAAAAAGAGGAACUGCGCCGGGAGAUCGCGACCGAGGCGGCAGAGCGGAGCGAGGGAAUGUUUCUCUGGAUUCAGUUGCUAGAGAAGGAGAUCUCACCCGGCCAGAAUGCCAAACAACUCAAGGAGACUAUCCGCGGAAUGCCAUCAGGGAUCAGUGAAGCUUAUGCGCGCGAGCUUGAGAAGAUUGAUCGUCUCCAGAGCAGAGACCGCAAGCAAGCGUGCAUGAUCUUGCGAUGGGUUCUGUUCGCGGUUCGUCCACUCCAGGUCAAAGAGCUUGCUGAAGCCCUCAUUGUGUCUGAUGAUGAGAUCGAAGAAUACCCAGAGGAUGAUCUACCAGACGAAUGGGAAGAGUGUUUUGUCAACGAAGAUUACGUUAAGACAACGGUCUUAGGCUUCUGUGGUUCUCUCCUGCGCCUGCGUUUGGACUCGCGGGAUACGUCCAUCGCCAAUAAUACCGUUCACUUUGUCCACUUCUCUGUCAAGGAGUAUCUUACCAGUCAUGGGACCGAGAAUCCUUUGGCGGCCAAAAUGUGUUUUGCCGAUGCAUCAGCCGAGAUGGAUGCGUUGUCCCGAGUUUGUCUGCGCUAUCUGACGCUUGACGUCUUCAACGACAUCCCGAGCGACAGGAAACUCUACCCGUUCCUGUCAUAUGCUGCGUGGGCCUGGUAUUUUCACAGUUUCCACCAGAAACCACGACCGUGCGAAGACAUUAUAGACAGUACUAAACGAGCGUUCGACCCUGGUAGCCAGAGUUGGAGAGUCUGGACGCCCGUUUUGGAGCAAAGAAUCAUCGAGGCUGGACGAACCGGGUUAGAAUCACUGUGGGAAAGGGAUGGUGUCUCCGAGGUGUCCGAGGUGUCCACAAGCCGAUCCGAGUCUAGUUCAGACUUGACCGAGGACGAAACUUCGGCUUCCUUGGAGGAUUUACCAACAGAGGUGGACGAGGAAGCUAAGAAUAUCCACUUGGAAAAUCCCAUAUACUACGCAUCUCUACUGGGAUUGACAGACGUCGUGGAAUGGCUGGCUGACCAAGGCUUGGCCGUUGACUGCGUUGGAGGGCGAUUUGGAUUCCCCCUCCAAGCUGCGUCCGCGAGAGACCAUGCUGAAGCUGUCUCUCAGCUCCUUCAUCGUGGCGCACCAGUCAACCAGAGCGGCGGUGAGUUCCAUACGGCUCUCAUAGCAGCCGCUGCCUGCGCUACUCUGGAAACCGUGAGACGCCUUCUCGAUGCCAAAGCAGACCUCACCCUGGUUGACAAGGAGGGACUCACUGCCAUGGACUAUGCCGCCAUGAAGGGCGCUAUAGACAUUGUUGAAGAGCUUUUGGCACACGGCGCAAAACCCACCUCAGCCGCCAGGCGAUGGGCUUGCCAUUUUGGCCACCGAAACGUCCUUAAACUACUCAUGAUCGGCGAAGAUUCUUUUUGUCCUGAUCAGGCGGUGGAGGACAUUAACGCUUUAGACAAUGCAAUGAGGUAUGCGCAUUUCGACGUGGUCAUCGAUAUAAUAGAAACCCUUCCAGCAGCCACACUCUCAGCCGAGCUCGGCGAUGGAAGCACGCUGUUGGUACAUGCCGCCGGAUAUAGUGCUCUUCCAGUUGUGCGAAGACUCCUUCAUCACCCAAAUCCGGCACGACGUGUCACGGUGAAUCGAACCGAUUCGGAGGGUUGGAGCGCGUUGCACGAAGCUUGUGCUUCAGGCGAUCUUCAAGUCGUUCUCGCUCUCUUGGAUGUUGGUGCGAAUAUCUCACAAGGGGACUUCAGGACAACUGUCUUGCAAGUAGCGGCGUAUAGAGGCAAUUGCGAUAUCAUUCAAGUCCUCAUCGACCACGGAGCCGAGCUUGACCAGAAGACACGUGGGACUGUUACUGCUUUGGGCAUCGCCGUUGAAGCAGGGUCAAUAGAAGCUGUGAAGAAGUUGAUAUGCCUGGGCGCCAACAUGCGCGGAAUUAAUGAGAACUCCUCCUCGCAGUACACCUUGUACGAGAAGGCAUUUUCUCGUGGCAAGUAUGAGAUCGCAGAUCUGCUUCUGCGCCAAGGAUGUUUCAUGUCUGCGGGGGAAUAUACGAAGUCAGAUGGCGUUGAUCAUAGCAUUGACAGACAUCUGCCUGUUCUCGCUUCCAGACAGAACCAAGAAGUGGAAGACCUACAGGUGGCACUGUGCCAGCACUCAGAGUAUUCCAAGGAGGUCCUCGGCGAAACAUUGCGCAUUGCAGCGUUUGCAGGGCACACAAGCAUUGUGGAACCCCUCCUGGGCAAAGGCGCCCAGCCUGAUGCUAGAGACAUGAACGGGCGCACUGCUCUUCACUAUGCCGCGCAUCAAGGGCACGAGGAAAUUUGCAAUAUCCUGCUCAGAUAUGGGGCUUCUAUAGGCAUUGAGGACGGCAACGGAUCCACCCCAAUAGACCUUGCUGUGCACCGCGGUCGUCAAUCGGCUGCGUUCAUUCAGUGUCACAUGGCUGAGCUCGUGAAACAAAUACGGAGGCGGCCAUCACUGUUGACAAAUUCAAUAGUAAAUGACCCUGUAGGCAAAAUCGCAUCUCCUUUGUCGGUUCGCAGAGCACUUUCUGGCCAUUGGGAUGGAGAAUAUGAAUAUCUGCACUGGGAUGUGUCACGAAAGGAUCCUUGGACGAUAGACUUUCCCGAAAUUGCGGGCACGGCCGAGACCAAAGAUGAUACGAUAUCAAAGGGCUCGAGUGAGGAAUAUCUGGCAUUUUCAAGCUCUGGAGCCGAUAUACCGGGCGAUUUCGCACUCCAUGGCUUCGUUGAUCCAGCAGGCUGUGUUUGGUUUGUGAAAUUGUAUGAGUCCCUGGGAUGGCUAUACAAAGGCAGGUUGAGUGAUGACAUGAAGCAAAUGAAGGGCACAUGGGGAGCAAACCGAAAGCUAUGGCAUGGAACUUUUCAUCUUGCUAUUUCGCUCCCCGGGACUGAAAAGAGUGCAUAG